UCCCCAUACGUGACUGAUCUAUGAAAUGGCAGAGAAUGGAACAGAUUGUGACCAGAGACGCGUAGGAAUGAUCAAAGAACAGCACAAUGGAAACUUUACAGAUUCCUCUUUGUUGAGUGAACGGAAGCGAAGGGACCGAGAAGAGAGAUUGAAUAUUAUACUGUGGAGACAACCGCUUGUUACCUUGCAGUAUUUUUUCCUGGAAACUCUAAUAAACUUGAAGGAAUGGACCAUAAAAUUGUGGCAUCGGCGAAGUAUCUUGGUGUCUUUUUUACUGACGCUUGCAGUGCUUACAGCUACGUAUUACAUUGAAGGAACACAUCAACAGUAUGUGCGGUAUAUGGAGAAAAAGUUAUUCUGGUGUGCCUACUGGGUAGGACUAGGCAUUCUGUCCUCUGUUGGACUUGGAACAGGUCUCCACACCUUUCUGCUCUAUUUGGGUCCACACAUAGCAUCAGUUACUCUUGCUGCAUAUGAAUGUAACUCGGUUAAUUUUCCUGAGCCUCCUUACCCGGAUCAAAUUAUCUGCCCUGAUGAGGAGGUGACUGAAGGAUCCAUCUCUUUAUGGGCUAUCAUCUCAAAAGUCAGGCUGGAGGCCUGCAUGUGGGGUGCUGGCACAGCCAUUGGAGAGCUGCCUCCAUAUUUUAUGGCGAGGGCGGCCCGACUCUCUGGUGCUGAACCUGAUGAUGAAGAGUACCAGGAAUUUGAGGAGAUGCUGGAACAUGCAGAGACUGCACAAGAUUUUGCUUCCCGGGCUAAACUGGCUGUCCAGAACCUGGUGCAGAAGGUUGGGUUCUUUGGCAUUUUGGCCUGCGCUUCAAUUCCAAACCCUCUGUUUGACCUGGCCGGCAUAACAUGUGGACACUUUCUGGUUCCCUUCUGGACCUUCUUUGGUGCAACCUUGAUUGGGAAAGCAGUAAUUAAAAUGCACAUCCAGAAACUUUUCGUUAUUAUAACAUUCAGCAAACAUAUAGUGGAGCAGAUGGUGUCCCUAAUCGGGUGA